CAAGCGGCGCGUCAUCAAUAUGGCGGCGAAUCUCGAGGAGGCUGGAGGAGAAAAUUAAUGUUUACGCGAGUGCAAGGAAUACAUGCCGCGAGACAGGACACGAUAAGACGUCGAAAAGCGCCGCGCUAUCAACCACCGCCACGAAACGUCGUCGUCGUCGUCAUCAUUGUCUUCCCGUUGGCUUCCUCGAUUAGAUCAGAAUACUGGAAUUUGACUAAUGCCGUUACCAACCGACAUGGAAGCGAAAUUGCUGCGCCAGAUAGUUCUUGCAGGUAUGGCGGAUCUAAAAGAGGAUCAGGAUAAGGCCAAGUGGAAAUAUGCUUUAGAGGUUAGAACACCAUCAGAAAUGGAGGAACCUGGUUCAUGCAUUCUUCGUGCGUUCUACGGAAAAUCAGUCCGGAAUAGGUGGUUUAUAAAGAGGUGUACGAAACGAAUAAGAUGUAUAUGCGAGGUGUCACGGCGAUAAAACCCGAAUGAUUGCCGAAAUUUGCUUCCACGCUAUGCCAUCUUAGUGAAUCAUUGGUUGAUCCACCGCCAAGAUAUAAUCAAGGAACCGGGAAGAUCAUUUGCCGCGUGUCUGGUACAUUUGGAAAGGCCGGAUGGGGACUACCAUCGAUGGAUAUAGAGCAUCUGUGGACGGUGUAAAGUGGUUCGCGUAUUUCUUCUUGGAGGGUCAAGUGUACCCUAAGCUGAAACGAUUUGUUCCGUCGUUGCUGACGACACCUGGGAGCAUCACCAAGUCAUGGGCCAGGUUGAUACCACGCACUCAAGCAAUAGUACAAACGUUGCAGUCGCAGGGAGUCGUGUCCAAAUACAAACUGCUAGAAAUCUGGGGUUUGGAUGAAAAAUUGUUGUCAGCUUACAAGAAGUGGCUGCCGGAAUCCGCGCACGCAGAAGUGGCACAGAUAUGACGGCACACAAUGGCCGCCUUUGUAAUUAAGAAUAAAACAUUAGGAUUGUAAUUAUACAGUUUUUUAGAUAAUUAAAUUAUUUUAUAUAUGAAAAAAAAUCGAAAUGCAUCAGUUUUAGCCUUCCAGCAAAGGGUCGAUUGUGUAUCUUGAAAUAAUGAGGUAAAAAUUACAAAAGUGAAAAAAUUCAUUAGCGUAUCUACGAUUUUACUUAUCAGAAUCUAAUAAAAUCUGUUAACUUUUGUCAUUUUUACCUCAUUUCAAGAUACACAACCGACCUCCAGACGUACGCGGCGGCGGUUUAUUUUAUCGACUUUAAAAGUUGGCGGGAAGUCGACUUUCCGUCAUGACGGGAAGUCGACUUCAAGUCGACUUAAAGUCGACUUUUUGCUCUUAGGGUAGUAAAUCUGUCAAAACGGUGGUAUGCAAGGCAAACUUAUACGGAACGAUAUAAUAUAAUUAUUAAUAAUUACAUUAUAUUAUUCUCCAGUUUUGCCUUAAACUUCAUUGCCGUUUCUCAGAUGUAUCCAGUCAUAACGUAUGAAUAUUUAAGAUACGCUUGAUCUAACUGUGCGCGAUUAAACGGUGCGCGAUUGUACGGUGUGCGAUUGUAACGGUGCGCGAUUGUAACGG